UUUUUAUGACAGCUACUUCAUAGCUUUUUUUAAUGGAUAAAAAUUUAGAAAAAUAUUAUCUAUAUCUAUUUUGUCUCUUCUUCUGGGAAUAUAUUAUUAUCAACAGACACCCCCAUUCAUUUGUCUAAUAAUGAUCUUAUCAUUAUAUCAAUUCAGAAUGUUAAUUUAGUUGGGGAGCCAAAAGAACACAAUCAAUUCGCGUGUCUAAUAACUCAGUUGAACUCACACUGUGUGUUCAACAAUCUUAGCAUCUUCAGAAUAAAAAAGACAGUAUGAAUGAAAUCAAAGGAGAGCACAGCGUUCAUGUUAUUUCGUCGGAAGCGGAGCCGGUUCCUGCCAAAGAGCUGCCUAAAAAGGCAAAGCGUGUUGUGUCGCUUGACAUCUUCCGGGGUCUCACUGUUGCGCUUAUGAUCUUGGUUGAUGAUGCUGGAGAACAAUGGCCAGUGAUUGGUCAUGCGCCGUGGAAUGGCUGCCAUCUUGCUGAUUUUGUAAUGCCUUUCUUUUUGUUCAUUGUAGGGAUGGCCAUUCCACUUUCUCUCAAGAAAAUACCAAAUAAACUUCUAGCUGUUAAAAAGGUGAUAGUAAGAACACUCAAACUCCUUUUCUGGGGUCUGCUCUUACAAGGUGGUUUCUCACAUGCUCCUGACCAUCUAUCGUACGGAGUUGACAUGAAACAAAUUAGGUGGUGUGGCAUUCUUCAGAGAAUUGCUCUAGCAUAUUUGGUUGUGGCACUGGUGGAGAUAGUUUCAAGAAGUAGACAAGCUAGAGAUGAUCCGGAACACACCAACCUCUCGAUAUUUAAGUUGUACUAUUGGCAUUGGCUGGUAGCGGCGUGUAUAAUUACUGUUUACUUGGCUUUACUUUAUGGAAUACAUGUUCCAGAUUGGCAAUUCACUGUCCAUAAUCCAGACAGCAUGUAUAACGGCACAACUUUCACCGUAACCUGUGGUGUCAGAGGGAAACUUGACCCUCCUUGUAAUGCCGUAGGAUAUAUCGACAGAGAAGUGCUUGGAAUUAAUCACGUGUAUAAGAAGCCAGCAUGGAGGAGAUCUGAAGCUUGUUCCGUGAAACCCCCAUAUGAAGCGCCUUUCAGAAAAACUGCUCCUGCAUGGUGUUAUGCUCCUUUUGAACCAGAAGGAAUUUUAAGCUCAAUAUCUGCUAUUCUAUCCACAAUCAUCGGAUUGCAUUACGGACAUGUACUCAUACACUUUCAGGAUCAUCUUUCUAGAUUGAAGCAAUGGCUUCUGCUUGGCUUAGCUCUCCUUACUUUAGGAUUUGUUCUUCACUUCACUCAUGCCAUUCCUUUGAAUAAACAGUUGUACACACUGAGCUAUGUUUGCGUAACAUCUGGUGCUGCGGCAUUAGUUUUUUCAGCCUCCUAUGUAAUGGUCGAUAUUUGGGGAUUAAAACUAUUGUUCGUCCCUUUUAAAUGGAUUGGCAUGAAUGCCAUGCUUGUCUAUGUCAUGGCAGCUGAGGGAAUCUUUGCAGGAUUCAUUAAUGGCUGGUAUUAUGACGACCCUCGUAAUACACUGGUCUAUUGGAUCCAACAACAUGUUUUCAUUAGAGUAUGGCAUUCAACAAGAGUAGGCAUCUUACUAUACGUGAUCUUCGCCGAGAUCCUAUUCUGGGCCGUCAUAGCAGGCAUUUUGCACCAAUUAGGCAUAUAUUGGAAGCUUUGAAUUUUUUUAAAAAAUGAAUGUGCAUGCUGUUUUUUAUUUAGUUUGCAAUAGUAUUUUUUUGACAUUGUAUUAAGAUGUAAUUGUUGGCAAAACCCGAAUCAACCGAUUCAAUACGAACCGUACUUAAUCGAAUAAGAUUUUUCGUAA